UUAAAGGCGAGUGUCCCUGCCUGCGCUCGCUCUCGGCGUGCUCUGCUCGCGAGACGGACGGCCGAGAAGAAACUGGCCGCUCGCCAGGCCGGGGGCUCUUUUCUCUCUCUGUGCGGUGACUCUGGCCCGCUGGCUCUGCCUAGGCACUCUCUCCAAUUCCACGAAUAUAUCGCCCGCCGCCCGCCUACUUUCGGCACUUUUCGGCCGAAUCCACUUCCGGCAUCGCGACAACCCUUUCGACACUGGAUUAGUCCCGAUUCAAAAGCGAAAAGUAGUGCCAUGAGUCAGCAGUGCUGGUGGCGAGAAUGAGGCGUCCUGCAGCAAACGCCCCUCGUGCAGCAGCAGACUCGCCCCCGCAGCAUUCCACACCGACAAGCCGUUGUCGCCCGCAUGGCAAGCUGCCCUUAGCAUCACAAGCAUGAGCACCGAGGCGCCCCCCGCCCCCGCCGACUCGGGUGGGGCCCCCGGCGAGGGCGAUGCGGCGGCCGCGGCCGCCGCGGCGCCGGCCGCCCCCAAGAAGGAGCCGCGCCGGCCACCGAGGCGGGGCGGAAAGCCGCCCCCGGACCGACCCCAACGGGCCCUCUUCUGCCUCGGCCUCAACAACCCCAUGAGGAAGCUGUGCAUCGACAUCGUUGAGUGGAAACCCUUCGAGUACAUGAUUUUGUUGACCAUCUUCGCCAAUUGUGUUGCCUUGGCUGUGUAUACUCCAUACCCAAACAGUGAUUCCAAUGUUACAAAUUCGUAUUUGGAGAAAAUUGAAUACAUUUUCCUUGUGGUAUUUACAUUAGAGUGUGUCAUGAAGAUUAUAGCGUACGGUUUUAUCAUGCAUCAGGGUUCAUAUUUGAGAAACGGAUGGAACUUGCUAGAUUUUACAAUUGUAGUCAUAGGAGUUAUAAGCACAACUCUUUCAAGUCUAAACCUCAACUUAGAUGUGAAAGCGCUGCGAGCCUUCCGAGUGCUAAGACCGCUUCGAUUGGUCUCCGGUGUGCCGAGUUUGCAAGUUGUUUUGAAUUCAAUUCUACGUGCCAUGGUGCCUUUGCUGCAUAUUGCUCUUUUGGUGUUGUUUGUUAUCAUCAUUUACGCAAUCAUAGGUCUCGAAUUAUUCUCAGGAAAAUUGCAUAAAACGUGCGUCAAUAACGUCACAGGGGAAGAAAUGGACGUGCCGCAUCCGUGCGGAGACGGUGGCUUCCAAUGCGAGUGGAUAGAUAUGGUGUGCAGGGACGGCUGGGACGGACCUAACUGGGGCAUCACCAACUUUGACAACUUUGGCCUCGCUAUGCUCACUGUCUUCCAGUGCGUCACCCUGGAGGGCUGGACAGACGUUCUUUAUAGCAUUCAAGACGCGAUGGGAAGCAGUUGGCAGUGGAUUUACUUUAUCUCGAUGGUCAUCCUGGGCGCUUUCUUCGUCAUGAACCUGAUUCUCGGUGUGUUGAGCGGAGAGUUCUCCAAGGAGAGAGAGAAAGCCAAGGCCCGAGGCGACUUUCAAAAGUUGCGGGAGAAGCAGCAAAUCGAGGAGGAUCUCAAAGGCUACCUCGAGUGGAUCACCCAGGCGGAAGACAUCGACGCCGAGGGCGCGGACAAAGCCAAAUUCGCAAACGAGACCGGUGACGCGGAAAACGAAGAGAACGAGGGCGAAGUUCAGCAGGAGUCGUGGUGGGCGAAGAAAAAACGAGGCCUCGACAAAGCCAACAGGCGGCUGCGGCGAAAGUGUAGGGUGGCGGUCAAGUCGCAGACCUUCUACUGGUUAAUCAUCAUUCUCGUGUUUCUCAACACGGGCGUCCUCGCCACCGAGCAUUACAAGCAGCCGCUCUGGCUCGACACGUUCCAAGAGCUUACCAAUUUGGUUUUUGUGUGUCUCUUCACCAUGGAGAUGUUCGUCAAAAUGUACAGUUUAGGCUUCCAGGGUUACUUCAUGUCGUUGUUCAACCGAUUUGAUUGCUUCGUCGUGAUCGGCAGCAUAAGCGAAAUGAUCUUGACCAACACAGACGUGAUGCCGCCCCUCGGCGUGUCAGUGCUGCGUUGCGUGCGUCUGCUCAGGGUGUUCAAGGUGACCAAGUACUGGAAGUCUCUGUCCAACCUGGUCGCGUCGUUGCUCAACUCGAUCCAGUCGAUCGCCUCCCUGCUGUUGCUGCUCUUCUUGUUCAUCAUGAUCUUCGCUCUGCUGGGCAUGCAGGUGUUCGGCGGCAAGUUCGACUUUGACAGCACCGUCGACAAGCCGAGGAGCAACUUCGACUCGUUUUGGCAGAGUUUGCUCACGGUGUUUCAAAUAUUGACGGGUGAAGAUUGGAAUGCGGUCAUGUACGAUGGCAUCAGAUCGUACGGCGGCGUCUCAUCAAUUGGAAUUCUGGCGUGCAUUUACUUCAUCAUUCUCUUCAUUUGCGGCAACUAUAUUCUAUUGAACGUCUUCUUGGCUAUCGCUGUGGACAACUUGGCAGAUGCCGAGUCACUAUCAGACGUUGAAAAGGAAGAGGAAGCAGCCGAGGGAGAACAAAAAGAGGGAUCAGUUGUAGCUGCAGACGGCGAGAAGGAAGCGGAAGAGGGUGCCGUUGAUGAGGAGCUUGUUGACGAAGAUGGAAACUUAAAGGAGGAUUCGGGCAGCCAUGCAAAGGUCCGAAUAGAGAUCGGAGAGGAUGGAGAGGAGUACGUCUACGAGGACCAAGAAAAUGCAGACGAAGAGCUCGAAGACGAGGAGGGCUUGGAGGACGAGGAGGAACUCGAGGACGAGGAGGAGCAGGACCAGGAUUUGCAACAAGAGGUGUCGGCCCUGCCCAAGCGCCGAGCGUCGGCCGCGCCGGCCAGCAACAAGAAACAGCCCAUUCCACACGCCUCCGCCUUUUUCAUCUUUGGCGAGACCAACAGAAUUCGUGUUUUCUGCCACUGGCUCUGCAACCACAGCCUCUUUGGUAACAUCAUUCUGGUGUGCAUCAUGAUUUCUUCCGCCCUCCUUGCGGCCGAAGAUCCUCUUAGGGCAAACUCGCCCCGAAACCAGUUUCUGAACUACUUUGAUUACUUCUUCACCACCGUAUUCACCAUCGAGCUUAUGCUGAAGAUGAUUUCCUACGGCUUUAUUUUGCACGACGGUGCCUUUUGCAGGUCUUCGUUCAACUUGCUCGAUUUGCUGGUCGUUUGCGUUUCGCUCAUUUCAAUUUUCUUUAGUUCGGGUGCUAUCUCAGUAAUUAAAAUCCUCCGUGUAUUUCGUGUGUUGCGUCCACUGAGAGCCAUUAACAGAGCCAAAGGACUGAAGCAUGUAGUCCAGUGCGUGAUUGUCGCAGUAAAGACUAUCGGAAACAUUGUACUAGUUACAUGUCUCCUGCAAUUCAUGUUCGCUGUAAUUGGAGUCCAAUUGUUUAAGGGAAAAUUCUUUAGCUGCUCUGACGCCUCGAAAAUGACUGAAACGGAAUGCCAUGGCAAUUACCUAAUAUUUGAAGGAGGCGAUAUAAACAAACCGGAAGUACGGAAUCGGACGUGGUCCAGAAACGUUUUCCAUUUUGAUGAUGUUUCCAAAGCCAUGCUAACGUUGUUCACGGUGUCGACGUUUGAAGGCUGGCCUGGCCUCUUGUACGCGUCAAUCGACUCAAACACAGAGGACUACGGACCAAUCCACAACUUUCGGCCGAUUGUGGCGAUUUACUAUAUUAUCUACAUCAUCAUCAUUGCCUUCUUCAUGGUCAACAUCUUCGUAGGUUUCGUCAUUGUCACGUUCCAGAACGAGGGAGAGCAAGAGUACAAGAAUUGUGAAUUAGAUAAAAAUCAGCGUAACUGCAUAGAAUUUGCGCUAAAGGCAAAGCCAGUGCGGCGAUACAUUCCAAAACAUCGAGUCCAAUACAAAAUAUGGUGGUUCGUCACGUCGCAGCCCUUCGAGUACACGAUCUUCAUACUAAUCAUGAUAAACACCAUCACUUUGGCGAUGAAGUUUUAUCACCAGCCUCAGUACUACACGGACGCUCUGGACGUGCUGAACAUGAUUUUCACGGCAGUCUUCGCCAUGGAGUUUGUCUUCAAAUUGGCCGCUUUCCGAUUUAAAAACUACUUCGGAGACGCGUGGAACGUGUUCGAUUUCAUCAUCGUGUUGGGCAGUUUUAUUGAUAUCGUGUACUCGGAAGUGAACACCCCGACAAAAAUGCAAAAGCCGGGCACCAACAUCAUCUCGAUCAACUUUUUCCGACUCUUUCGUGUCAUGCGAUUAGUCAAACUUCUGAGCAGAGGUGAGGGCAUCAGGACGCUGCUUUGGACAUUCAUCAAGUCCUUCCAAGCGCUGCCCUACGUCGCCUUGCUCAUCGUCAUGCUCUUUUUCAUCUACGCAGUCAUUGGCAUGCAGAUGUUUGGCAAAAUUGCGUUGGACUCGGAAACGGCCAUCCACAGAAACAACAAUUUCCAAACGUUUCCGCAGGCGGUUUUGGUUCUUUUUCGAUCGGCGACAGGUGAGGCCUGGCAGGACAUCAUGAUGGACUGUUCGUCGCGUCCUGGCGAAGUCCGCUGCGACCUGCGGGCUGACGACGUGACCUCCUAUCACGACUGCGGCUCCAGCAUCGCCUUUCCGUACUUCAUCUCUUUCUACGUCCUUUGCUCCUUUUUGAUCAUCAACUUGUUUGUGGCCGUCAUCAUGGACAACUUUGACUACCUGACCAGAGAUUGGUCCAUCCUCGGCCCUCACCACCUUGACGAGUUCAUCCGCCUGUGGAGCGAAUACGACCCUGACGCCAAAGGGAGAAUCAAACAUCUCGACGUUGUUACUCUGUUGAGGAAGAUUUCGCCGCCUCUCGGAUUCGGCAAAUUGUGUCCUCAUAGAGUGGCCUGCAAGCGUCUGGUGUCCAUGAAUAUGCCACUGAACAGUGACGGAACGGUAUUGUUCAACGCAACACUAUUUGCUGUGGUACGGACGUCCCUCCGAAUAAAAACUGAAGGCAACAUCGACGACGCCAACGGCGAGUUGCGCGCAGUGAUCAAGAAAAUUUGGAAAAGGACGAACCCGAAGUUACUUGAUCAAGUGGUACCACCACCUGGAGUUGAUGACGAAGUCACGGUCGGUAAAUUCUACGCAACAUUCCUCAUACAAGAUUAUUUCAGAAGAUUCAAGAAACGAAAGGCGGAAGAAAAUCAAGGAGGGGAUAAAGAGUCCCUCAACACUGUUACUCUGCAGGCUGGUCUGCGCACUCUUCAUGAUGCUGGACCCGAAUUGAAGAGGGCCAUCUCUGGCAACCUUGAAGAGCUGAUAGAUGAUAAUCCUGAGCCCAUGCACAGGCGAAAUCACUCGCUUUUUGGAAGUGUUUGGUCUUCCAUGAGGAGAGGCCACAAUUCAUUCCGAGCUCGAUCUAUGAAAAACGCUCAACCAAAGAUUAAUCAUUUGGAUGUACCAGGAAGAAACCUUAGAAAGGUGUCUCCAACAAAUUCAGUCGAGUUGCAGCCGCUCAACUCGUUCCAGAAAGACAUCUCGCAAAAUAUCAAUGCGGGAAUGAACAAUCUAAUUAACAACUUGAUCCCUCACAAGGGGAGCUCGAUAUCCGUUGGCGACAACGCAGUUUUCAGGGACGAGGACAUCCCUUCCAGGAGAUUCAAAGUGUCGAACGGAGAUCCAGAAAAUAGAUACACAAUAGUCGACAUGGAGGAUCACAGUCCCGAGGUGACGCCGCCAACGCCGCCCCCGCGGCGCCACCUGUCGCGCAUAAGCGGCUCCUUCCGGCUGGGCUGCAUUGGACGCCAGCAAAGUGAGGGCGGCGAGCCUUUCAGCCGCAUCGCCGGCGGCCUCAAACUGGCCCAAACGCAGGCCAUGGCUGUGGCCGGGUUCGCGCCGGAAGAGGCACCUGUGAGACGCCGCUCCUCGCAGGCUACCAUCGACCAGCGGCUCUCCUCGCGCUACCCCUCACCCUUGACCUACAGAGCGUCAUUCCACGGAAGGGAGUCCCAGCAUCGCGACUCCAGCGCCAGCCUGUCCACUGAGAGACUGUCUCAUUCUCUUCCAGGAAGCCCAGCUGAAAGGAGACCAAACUUCGGAGUCAUUGGCUCUGCAGAGAGUUUGGUUGGACGUGUUUUAGCUGAGCAGGGUCUGGGGAAAUACUGCGACCCCGAAUUUGUGCGCAACGCCUCGAAAGAGAUGCAGGAGGCGUUGGAGAUGACGCAGGAGGAGAUGGACAGGGCGGCGCACAAGUUGUUGCUGCAGGAGCGGCACGGCCGGCCCUUGUCCUUCCGGCAGCAGAACACUGAAGACUUAUAGCAUCAAGAGCGGGCGCUAGUUUGUCGUGCUAGGUUGCUGCUUCGGACAGUGCGCGCGCGACUCGAUAAUUUUUUAUACUUCUGUUGUUGCGAGAGAAAGUACUACUUUUUCAUUGUUUACCACUGCUCUGCAUCUUAUUUGAAGCAAUUCUCUGCACUGGUUGUGUUCAUCUAAGGUGAAAUCAAAUGUGAUUGUGAGAAAGACUCUUCGUCAGCCGGCCGGUGAGAAACGAACUCUGCGGCUAGUUAGGGAUGUAUAAGAUAUUUAAAACGGUGUUUUUAUACUUGAAUGAAAAGUGCCUUUUUUCAUACUGUAUAUUGUGACACACACAUAAAAAAAAAGAUUCACACGGACUCGGUAUGUAUUCUAUUGAUUAUUAUUGUGAUUGAUGGAUUCAAAAAUUUAUAAUUGUAAACGAUUCCCAGCUAGACGGAAAUGAAAAAUGAUUCGAGUUUUUGACGUGACCCGCGAGAGAACAAUGUUGAUUGAUGGUUUCCAUUGUGGAUUGUUCGAAUAUAAUCUGUCAACAUCUGUAAAGUGGUCACAUUUUCUGUGAGCGUUAGACGCGUUGUGACCGCCCGUCGGUUCCGCUUUUCAAUGCAAAUUUGGAACUUUUUCAAAAAUAUAAAGAGCGGACCGACACGCGGCGGCACUGCUCACCGCACACUUAAUCUCACGCACUAUUCCUUCCACAAGUCCACCUGAAAUCCUGCCUAAAAGAAUUGAGAUAUGAAUGACAAACGAACCAAUUUCUCUGUAGUGGUUUAGUCUGACUCGCACUUCUUGGUCCAAGUUGAGGAACUUGAAGCGGCACUAAAAGAUUAGUGAUCUUGGCUACCUUUUGGGCCCAUUUUGAAAAUGAGAGAGCAAAUUUGAAACACGUUUCGCCCCGAGAUUUGAUGUCCUUUUGCCAAAGCGUUCAUAUUUACUAUUGUAUAUUAUUAGAACCUAAACUUCAAAAUUUUGAGAGCAGAUUUAGCAUUUUUGACUCAAAGUAAAACCAAACACUUCGCCUUAUAGUGCCAAAAGAAAAGAGAUUAACACGCAAAGGAAAUCUUUAACUAAGGCUUAACAAAUUCACUAGGCUAAAAUUUUUAUGAAUUUAAAUUUAAACAAAAAUUAAUGCCAUUUGAAGCCACUUUCCAGAAUUAUAUAUAUUAUAUAAAAUUUUAAUGAAGCGACAUUUCCUCGGCACUUAACUCUCCUGUUCAAUACUUACAUUCAGUUCCUCAAUUUAACAACGUUUUCAACGUAUGAUUAAUUUAAAAUAUUUUGUAACUGAUAAAAAUAUUGUACCUUUUUCAAGAGAAUAUUAUCUAGAAAUUGUUAUCGACCGAGAGGAAAAUGAAAGAAAUGUUUUCAAACAUGUAUUACUGUUUCAAGUCUAUAUUGAAAAUUUUGUCACGCGCAUCUUGGUGUCAAUUUGGAAUUUGUAACUUUGCUGUCUAUGUAAAUGCACGUUAUGAGAGAAAUUCUUGAAAUUAUUACGAGUACUUGUUGGGUAAACGCUAUUCCUCCUGAGUUGCAUCAGGAUACAGAAGAAAAGGUUCUCUGAAAAUUGAAAAAUCAAACAAAAUAUUCGUUAAGCAAUUGUUAUGAUGUAAUUUUUAUACCAUCACUUGGACUAUAGAUGUGCCAAAAACUUGUUCUGAACUUUGACAAAAAUUAAUGAUUAAAUAUUAAAAGCAAAAUUUUCCAAUCUAAAAUGGUGACAAGAGUCAUUAUAAUUGAUCAAUGUACGGUAUUAAAAGAUCUACGCAUACAGUUAUUUAUAUAUUGACAAUCAUGUUGCAAUUGUGUGUCCUAUCUCUGUUUUUCCACAUCAUGCUGGUUAAAUAUAUAAAAACAUGGACAUUA